AUGGCUUAGAAGGAACAUUUUGCUGGCAGUUGGGAUGCCUUGGUAGACAUGUUCGACAAACGUCUCCAACUCUACAAAUACAACCGAGUUGCCCUAAUAACUGAAUGCAAACCAACUAUUGGUAUUGAGUUUUAUCCGGCUAUUAAAAAUGAAAAAGAUCUUUUGAAUCACAUCAUGCGACUUCACCUCUAUUUGCCCUAGGUUUUUUUUAAUUAGGCGUAAUUUUACGAGUUUAGCACAGCUCUUGAUGACCGGAACAUAUUUGAUAGAAGGAAUGUAGGUUCUCUCUUGGGCAUGGCCUUUAUGGGUAUCGUUGGUUUCUUAGCCUUGGGUUUUACGAUCAUGGGCAUGAUAGCUGGAGGAGUUCUCGGAGUUAUGCUUGGUAGGUAUGCAGGUCGCCGUAUGAAGAAGACAUUUACAUCCCAGAAGGUCUUAUUGGAGUUCGACAUCUAUUCGAUCAGAUUACGUUGCUUCAUCAAAUGGGCAGAAGAGAGAGGUAAGACCUACAGAUGCAAUGUCAAUUUUGUAAGGUUCAUAGCAGAAAAGUUGUUAUUGGAGACAAAGACUGCUUUGCAUUACAAAUAAUUCAAUGCUGAUCAGUAAAAAUAAGCAAGAAAGACCAUACUCAAGGUAGCUGAAGUCUUCAAUGAGAAGCAUUUCAUACACGCUCUUAUUCUGUCUCUUAAAAUGUCUCAUGAGUACUUACGCAUCUUGAAGUUAUUGAGUGAAAAUAGUGAGUUGAAUCGUGGAGACAUUGAAGAGUUUCAGCACUUCAAAAGUUUUAGAUCUGAACUUGAGGUUUGUUUAAUGAAGGCCAUAGACAAUGUCUUGAGGCCUUUGGUUAGGUUGCUGGAGGACUCAGAUCCAAAAUCUAAAGUACUGAAAAAGAUUAGAGACUAAGCUAAAGGUUUCCUAAUUCAAAAGGAAAUCGUUCAAUUGACUAAGCAAUUUCCAGAUCCACAAAUGAGGAUCACCUACAUUAAGAUGUUGGCUGAGAAGAUGAAACAACCAAUCAAAAAUGACAGUAUAAUUUCAUAUUUGAAGAAAUAACAUUUCAGAGAUAUUGAGCAAAUUGGUAUUGUAAUAGAUCAGCAUGUUGACUAACAAGUCGAAUAACAGUUGGGUGGAGAUCUAAAGUAAAUUGAACUCGAGAUUAUUCAAGAAGAGAAUGAUCAAAACAUGUCUCCUAAAAAUUAAUUGAAAUCUCAAUUGUCAGCCAGUAGUGAGUCUGAGUUUUAACCACUCCAAGAGGAGUAUCCAAAGUCAGCACAAAAGCAAUAAGAAUUAUAAUUAAAAAUAACUCAACAUCCAAAUUUAGUGUUUAUAGAUUCUAAUUAAGGUGACUUGGUUAUCCAAAAUUCUCUGGCCUAAUCUUUGAGUUCAGCUGAUAUCAAGCAAAUCCUUGAACCUGAGUAGCAAAUCUCUUUGAAACAACACUAAUCAGUUGAAGUCAAAUAAUAACUUGUAUAAUAUUCUGAGGAGACAACAACAAAGUUUGAUCUCUUUCUCCAAUUUUUUGAGGAAUCAACCGACACUUGGGAAUGUGUUACUACUAAAGAGGACAUCUACAUAUACAAAUCAAUGAAACCAGGUUGUGGUAGUGUCUUUCUCAAAGGCCAUUCAUUUAUCUACGGCCACGAUAAGCAAGUGGUCUUCAAUGCAGUGUACUAGAAGGAAUUCAGGACCAAGUGGGACAAAAUCAUGCAGAAGUUCAAUAUAGUAAGACACGAACGAGAAGACAUCGAUAUCAUGUAUUAUGUUGUGGUUCCUCCAAUACCAAUAGUGAGCACAAGAGAAUGGUUGUAAAGGAGAGUCCUGAGAUAUGACUUCCCUUAUAAGGGACAAAUUUGUCUGCUGUUCUACUCAGUAGAUUUACCAGAAUUUCCAAUUUCAAAGAAUCCAGUACGUGCGCAUACUGAAAUUGCUGGUUAUGUUUUUGAGAACACUUCUUCUGGCACUAAAAUUACAUUUGUCUCUAAUAAUGAUAUCAAAGGCUCAAUUCCUAAGUUGUUGGUUAAUCACGCUAGCGCAAAGGGUCCAUUUGGUUGGUUUGGCAAUUUGCGCAAGGCUUGUGAUUUAUACAGAAAACACAAUGGUGAUCUCAGUAGAAUAGUUAUAUCAUGA